CGUUUGACCCGGAAAAGGAGCGGGAGUUACGAGGUGGUCGCUCGGUCGGAUGCUGGUGCGGUGGCGGCUUCAUCUCCGGGGGAGACUUUCGCUGAACCAGAGCCGGUUGACAGUUUUUCGCUGUGGUUGUCGCUCGGUGUGAUGUGGAGGGUCAGAAAUGCCUUAUGUGGAUCGACAGAAUCGAAUUUGUGGAUUUUUAGACAUUGAAGAAAAUGAAAACAGUGGAAAAUUUCUGCGUCGAUACUUUAUAUUGGACACUCGGGCAGAUAGUUUGCUGUGGUAUAUGGAUAAUCCGCAGAAUCUUCCUUUAGGAGCAUCGUAUGUUGGAGCUCUUAAGCUUACCUACGUUUCUAAGGUCAGUGAUGCAACAAAGCAGCGACCAAAAGCAGAGUACUGUUUUGUCAUUAAUGCAGGAAUGAGAAAAUACUUUCUGCAAGCCAAUGAUCAGCAAGACUUGGUUGAGUGGGUGAAUAUUCUGAACAAAGCCACCAAGAUCACAGUGCCAAAACCAUCAGAUGUUCAACUGAACACAGAUAACCAGAAUUGUCUUGUGGAGGGGCCAUGUGGACGGAAGCCUGGACCAUACAAAACAGAAAUUAUUGGUGGUGUUCCUAUUAUUACACAGACUAAUCAGGAGGGGAUGGAAUUUCUGGAAGGAAUUGACAAAAGUAAUUUGAAACGUUCCCAAAGUCAGCUAACAUAUUUUAUUGGCAAACCUACAUCUGAUCAAGCGGUCAUUAAAAGUGGUUACUGUGUUAAACAAGGAGCAGUGAUGAAAAACUGGAAAAGAAGAUAUUUCAUACUAGAUGAAAAUUCCAUAAGUUAUUACAAAUCUGAUCUGGAUAAGGAGCCACUUCGUAGUAUACCACUUAAAGAAGUUAAUAAGGUUCAAGAAUGUAAACAAAGAGAAAUUUUGUUACGUGACAACUUGUUUGAAAUAGUUACUAAUUUUAGGACAUUUUAUGUUCAGACUGACAGCCCUGAAGAUAUGCACAACUGGAUCAAGGCAAUAUCAGGUGCAAUAGUCGCACAGCGAGGUCCUGGAAGAUCAGCAGCUUCUAUGCGGCAAGCCAGACGGCUGUCGAAUCCUUGUAUACAGAGGUAUACAUCAAGAACUGGUGAAUGCGGCAUGAACCUCUCGACACUUCCACAGCAGAAUCCAGUGCAGUCUCAUCUUCCUCAAAAACACCAGCCAUCUAUAAUCCCCACAUUCUCACCACCAGUAGCCCUGCAGACCACAAUCCCCAACAUAACCAGGAGAAGCGAGGAUUUCACAAGUCUUCUUCCAUGGCUCAGUCAGAGCAGAACAAGAACCAGACUGUCUCUACCAGAAAACCAGCUGCCAAAAUGAAGGAUGAUUCAGUCCCUCAAGGUAAAAAUGGCAUGCAGGACAAUUAUCCUGUUCCUGUGGAUCUGGAUGAUGCCAGCCUUCCUGUCAGUGACAUCUGAAAGUGGAAGUUGAAGGUCUAUGUCACACGUUUUAGAUCUCUGGGAGCUGUAAGGCAGACAGAGAGAUUAUUCUUGUAUUCAAAUCUUUGCUUCUAGAUUUGCCUCUAAUCUAUGUAGUGAAGUGCACCUGCUAAGAUCUCUCUAACAGAUUCCAUGUUCCAAUAUCUAUGGAUACAUUUGGAUCAAUUUGGUGUUCCAUUAUCUGCCUACUUUGUUUGUGCCUAAAGAACAUGAUGGUGUACUGCCUUGGUCCCAAAGAUACUGCACCUUGUCACUAAACAUACAGAUUACUUUUUUAUACAUUUGUGUCAGGAAGGAUUUCCAUUGUGGAAAAUCUUGAACCUGAUUCUUCAGUCUUUAACUUGGGAUCUGUGUUUUUAACUGCACCAAAACCCUUUUAGCUUAAAGUGCCUGACUUUACAUUCUGGAACCAAGUUUUCAAAUGUAUCAAUAUAUGAUCUAUAUUGCACAAUGUUACAUUUUUUUCUUAAAUUAACCUUUUACUGGAGGAAAUAAUGUAAUUUGAUUGGAUGAGUUUAAAUUGAUAGAGUAUAGCUCAUUUUAUAGGUUGCCUGUGCAAUACUUAUUUCACUAAUUGUGAACUGCAAAAGUUACUGGAAGUUUUUGAUGAUGUCACGGGGUGUAAUGUGAACAGUGCUGCAUGGAUUUUUGUUAAAUAUGUUUAAUUAUAUGUGCAGGAUCAAAGAUAUGCAGAUGUCCACCAAAUACUUCUCACCCUAAAAUCCUUUGAAGUGGUAGAGGGUGAAUGUCUUGGACACAAUAUUCAGCUUAACAGAUCUAUGUUCCUAAGUGGAAAUAGUUUCUGUAAAGACUUGAAGAAACAUCUGAUCUGAGCAUUAAUAGUAAUUUGGCAUUGCAUUUAGGUUGAGUUCAUAAAGAUGUUUUUAUGAUGAACAUAUGGUGAUCACUUGAGUUAUGGUACAUCUGUUAAAUCCUAUUUAAUUAAUAUGCACGGAAAUCAAGUUUUCACCCUUAUUAAACUCCUAGUAUUUCUGCAGUUUUUAAUCAUAGGAUAUACUUAACAUAUUUUCCACUGAAGAAUUUGGGAUAAAAUAUUUAUUUCACACAUACUGUAUAGGAGUUGUCAUUAAUAUUCAUUGUUUUGUAUGGAAAAUUAACUAUUUCUUUGGGAGCUGUCUUCUACUGUUACAUCUGUUUCUUCGCAGUUUGUGCCAAAUGUGGGGAGCUAUCUGGAUAGGAAGGAAUUGAUACUGCUGCAUACUGUGUGGAUAGCACAGCUUAUUCCUUUUCAAGAUUCUGCAGUAUCUUGUGUACUACAUUAAUGUUUGCAUCCAAUUUAUGAUUUCAUUUCUGGGAAUGUUGAUGUUUGGAUGCUGUAAGAUGUUUUAUUUCUAAUUUGCUCUUCACUGCUGCCGCUUUCUGCUGCUCAACUGAAAAUGGUAAGCAAGAAGAGUCCUGGAUGCAAAGGCUGAGCUAUCAACAUGGUAUUUCAGCAAUUCACUCUGGGAAUAAAUUGGAAAAUGGUAGCUCCCUGUGGAAAAGCUAACUCAUUACAACUUUUUAAAAAAUAUAUUUGCUGUUCCUGGAGGGUACUUUUCAUGUUACAAAUUUUUGAAGUUAAAGCAUUUGCUGGACUUUAUUCCACAAUCUUACUUCAAUUAAUUGAUUAAUUUGCUGGUGGAUUUUGAUAAACAAAGGUAAUAGUAGCUUGAAUCACUUUAAUGCUACAAUUGACAGAAAAUUAUUUACUGUAGUUUUCAAAGUCCUUACUAGAUUUACAUUGUUUUCUGUACUGUUAUUAAUUUUGGAGGGCCUUUGGAAUGUUAGGAUUUUCCAAAUUCAAGCAGCUAGUUUAAUUAUUUUAACAAUGGUGAUGUGACAUGACUUGAUAAUAUUUACUGUCAUGAUUAAUCUCGUAUACAGCAGCUUAAUUUCAUAUAUUUAUAUCCUGUGAUCUUGCAUGCCAGAGUUUUGUAGUUUGCUUGGUUUAAAUUUAUAUUUGGAAAAGAAUAAAAUACAUUAAUGCAGGGCUUUGAUUUUUAUUAUCAACCAGGCAGUGUAGCUGUGCCUCUAGUCUUAACAUAUUUUGUUAUUGGUUGUCUACAGUUUGUGUUGUAAAUUAAAUAGUUCAAUUGCUAACAACUGUUAUUGUUGAACAGGGUCAUCAAAACAUGUAACAUAGUACAAAUAUCAAAGAUGACCACUUUUUAAACAGAGUGAAAGUGCUCCUGACAUUACCUUUUGAACACACUAAUGCUUCUGUUUUUCCACUGUGACAUUGAAAAUUGAAAUAAUUAAAUUGCAGUUUUUACCACCAAAAAAGAACUAGUUGGCAAGGAUGAAAAUAUGAUUCCUUACUUGAUUAGUUUUCUUUUCCACAUGUGGAAAUAUUGUGUAUGAUUAGCUAUUCUUAAAUGAAGCCCGUGGGGGGGGGGGGGGGGGGGGGGGCUGAGGGUGAAGUUACCUUUAGAACCUGUAAAAUGUUUAUGUUUAGUUCAAUAUUUUUUUAUUUUUAUAAUUGUAGAUUUGCUAAGCUUGUUGGCACUGGUACUGCUUCUGACAUUGUAUGUGCUACUGCUGUGUACUUGAAAACAUUCUGUAUGGAUUGGGUGAAAAAAUUGACAGCAUUUACACUAUAGGGGACUAUAUUCAACUACUGGUGAACUAAAAAUAUCUAAUAUUUGAGUUGGGAAAAUGUGUAUUUCUGAUUUAGUCUGCUAACAAAAUCUUUUAUUUAUCUUUGCUGAACUUUUUAUAUAAAUCUAUAAAAAAAUGUUUAAAUUAUUUUUGGCUAUGUAAGGAGUGUCCUGGACGAUGUUUGUUCAUCUGAGACAAUAAAAUAAUACAUGAUUUUUAUGGUU